AUGGACCAGCCAGACCCAACAGGCCAGUCCUUCCCCCAGUUCGCCGACGGCGAUGUGCGCAUCUCGCUCUCCGGCAGUCGCCAGUACCAGCUGCACAGCGGCGUCCUCAAGAACUCGUCGUCCGUCAUGCGCGAGCUUCUCAGUGAGGACUACGCCGCUCAGCUGAACAACGCAGCGCACAGGAGGGGAGUCUUGAUCCGCCACAAACUCGUGCUGGCUGAGAACCCAUACAUCGACGAGGAGGAUCAGAACUUGACCUACGUCCUUCAGGCGGUGCCUCUCGAUCCCAAUGGACGCCCUGUACCAGGCGCACCCACUGGCCUCGGACUCGAGUUGGAGAACGGCCGUGAACCUAACCCGAUUGUGCUGGCGCACGACCUUGUGCUGGGCGCCUUCUACAAUCAGCCCAUUGAUCUUGGUGACUCUCAGGAAGAUGGCCUCGCCAAACUCCUCGCCACCGCAUUUCAAGCGACCAUCGUGGCAGAGAACCUCGACUGUGUCCGCAUCGUCAGCAAGCCGAUCGAGGCUACCUUACUGGGCGCCGGACAGACCGUCUACAAGGCCAUUGCUGAUAACCCGACUGCCUGGCUCGGGUUUGCCUCUCGCGUCAAGUCCCGCGCUAUCUUCAAGGAAGCCCUCAUUCACUCCGCCGGUCAAUACAACACCGAUCACGUGCAAGCUGCUUUGGUCAACGGAUCUCUUCCAGAUGAGGUAGUUGAGCUGCUCAGAAAGAAGGGCGAGUGGGUCAAGAAGACAGUGAGCGACUCCUCGAGAUACCUGGCCUCAUACUACCCCUCCAUGCUCCUGCGCGAGUUCAAGCCCGGCGACAAGGACAACGUGUCUCGUGCCUCAUAUGGCAACGACAUCAUGAUGUGGAUCGCAGUGACCAUCUUCCGUCACUGGGUCUGCGACUUGAUGGCCUCCGAUCGCACUCACCACGCCAAGGACGGUGGAUGGGCCUUCUGCAACGCUAUCUGCAAGGGCGGCGACACGUAUCUCGACCGCAAGAUGCUGCAGCUGAGCUUCCACGCUCGCUUCCCGAUGACUGGCAAGGGCAUGGCUUGUGUUGAGCAUCGUCUGUCGGAGAUCAAGGAGGACGUCAAGCAGUGGAUCCUGCCACUCAAGAAGAGCAACUCGGCCCUCGACCUCAACCAGUACCCAGUCACCCACUUCUUGCACGUCCACGUCUACAGCGAAGACUACCCAUGGGACAGCGUCACCCUCGAGCCAAAAGACGCCUACUACGAGGCCCGCCGUGCAGCCGCAAUGGCUGAGAGUGCAAUGGAGGAAGCAGAGGAAGCGCGCUCGGAGGUACCGGAGGAGCUGAGAGGUGUACACCCAGCCUUGAGACCAACGGUGCUCAAGAAGGCUGGCCCCUUCCAGUACGAGUCGGAGGAGAGCGAGGGGGAGGACGAGGACGAUGCCGGCAGAGGCACGUCGGAGUACCGCUCGGAGUCUCCAAUCUUCAAGACGCGCGGAGCCGGCGAGGGUGACGGCGACGAAUUCGAUUUCGAGGAGGGCGAGAUGGAGAAUGCUUGA